CCUCCACAAAAGCUGCUGUGUGUAUCUCACCAUCCUGAAGUUAAUUUAGUUCGCUAUUCACCAUUAAAUUUAGACGCCAUAAAUAUGCCAGUAAAAAAGCAAGAGGCCCACAGAGCUCUUGAGCUUUUGGAGGACUACCAUUCGAGACUGUCAGAACCUCAAGAUCGUGCCCUAAGAAUUGCCAUUGAACGUGUCAUACGCAUAUUUAAAUCAAGACUAUUCCAAGCACUGUUAGAUAUCCAAGAAUUUUAUGAACUAACAUUGCUGGAUGAUUCAAAGACAAUACAACAGAAGACAGUUGAAACUUUACAAAUUGCCAGCAAGUGGGAACAAGAUGGUCACACUGUUAAAAUAGCCGAUAACCAAACUGUAAAAGUUGUUGAAACGGAUAUAAAUCAAACAAAGAAUGAACAAAAUUUAGCAGAUGUUUUAACGGACACUGAACAACAACUACAAACUAAUGGUCGCCAACAGCCGCUCGGAAGCACAGAAAUAAAUAGUGUGAAUGGCGAUGAAAGUUGGAUAUAUGAGGAUAUUACGUUAGAACGUGGAAAUUCCGGUCUUGGUUUUUCCAUAGCCGGUGGUACAGAUAAUCCUCACAUUGGCACCGAUUCUUCAAUCUAUAUUACCAAACUAAUACCGGGUGGUGCUGCUGCAGCUGAUGGUCGAUUGGGCGUUAACGAUAUCAUUGUAUCGGUAAAUGACGUUUCGGUGGUGGAUGUGCCGCAUGCCGCCGCGGUAGAAGCUUUGAAAAAGGCCGGCAAUGUAGUCAAACUACAUGUAAAAAGAAAACGUACCGGUGGUGGUACACUCAUAGAUGAUCCCAGUCAAAUGGCCACGCCAGCUCAUGUUGAAGAUACGGGACCGAAAGUAUUGGAAAUUGAUUUGGUUAAAGGUAAUAAGGGUUUGGGUUUCUCCAUAGCCGGUGGCAUUGGUAAUCAGCAUAUACCAGGCGACAAUGGUAUCUAUGUAACGAAAAUUAUGGAUGGCGGAGCGGCUGCUGUUGAUGGUCGUUUAUCGAUAGGCGAUAAAUUGAUUGCUGUAAAAGCCAAUGGGGUGGACAAAAAUCUAGAGAACGUUACCCAUGAGCAGGCGGUGGCCACAUUGAAAUCGGUAGUCGAUAAAGUCACUUUGGUUGUGGGCAAAACUGCACACAGUCUACCACCAGCAGCGGCGGGACAUCAUAUUAAUCAAGUGAAUUCGCAUUCAACAGGUGCGAUUAAUACUAUAGGGCAAACAGUUGUUGAUUAUGCUCGCUCAUCUUCCACCACACCAUACACGAACAACAACAACAACACAAACGCUAUGCCAACAACAACAGCUACAAUUAACCAUAGCAAUCAGCACCACCACCAUGCAUCUUCCCCAGCCGUUGCUGAAAUAAUUCCAUCAACAUCUCGCUCCCAGUCACCUUUGCCUCAACAACCAGGAUCUAGGUAUGCAUCAUCAAAUGUAUUGGCCACAGUGCCUCCAGGCACGCCACGAGCUGUUAGCACCGAGGACAUAACAAGGGAGCCACGCACAAUUACCAUACAAAAAGGACCACAAGGUUUGGGCUUUAACAUUGUGGGCGGUGAAGAUGGCCAAGGCAUUUAUGUCUCAUUUGUAUUGGCUGGUGGACCAGCUGAUUUGGGUGGCGAGCUAAAACGUGGUGAUCAAUUGUUAAGCUGUAAUGAUAUUGAUUUAAGGAAUGCCACCCAUGAAGAAGCCGCCUUAGCAUUGAAGAAAUCUGGUGGUGUUGUUACAUUGUUGGCCCAAUACCGACCCGAAGACUAUAAUCGUUUUGAAGCUCGCAUUCAAGAACUGAAGCAACAAGCCGCCUUAUCUGCUGGCAGUACCGGCACACUGCUGCGCACAACACAAAAACGUUCAUUGUAUGUUCGUGCUUUAUUCGAUUACGAUCCAAAUCGUGAUGAUGGUCUGCCGUCGCGAGGCCUACCAUUUCGGCAUGGUGAUAUUUUACAUGUAACAAAUGCCUCCGAUGAUGAAUGGUGGCAGGCACGUCGUGUUCUGGGCGACAAUGAAGACGAUCAAAUUGGUAUUGUACCAUCGAAACGGCGAUGGGAGAGGAAGAUGCGGGCUCGAGAUCGUAGUGUUAAAUUUCAAGGUCAAGCAGUUAGUGCAAAUAAUAACAUAGAUAAGCAAUCUACACUGGAUAGAAAAAAGAAAAAUUUUACAUUUUCGCGCAAAUUUCCUUUUAUGAAGAGUCGUGAUGAACGAAAUGAAGAUGGUAGUGAUCAAGAGCCUAAUGGAAUUGCCGCCAGUACUAGUGAACUUGAUGUUAAUCAUUUGAACAACAAUGAUUCCACCGAACCUCAGCCUUUUAUGCUAUGCUAUACACAAGAUGAUGCCAAUGCUGAAGGAGGUAACGAAAUCAUCUAUAGAGUGGAAUUACCCGAUGCCGAUCAAAUUACCAUGAUCUAUUUGGAGAAUAAAGAUGCUGACUAUACUUCCGAAGAGAAUGUCCUGUCGUAUGAGGCUGUACAAAGAUUAUCGAUUAAUUAUACACGACCCGUUAUUAUUUUGGGUCCUCUUAAGGAUCGCAUCAAUGAUGACUUAAUAUCUGAAUAUCCAGAUAAAUUUGGAUCAUGUGUGCCACAUACCACACGUCCGAAACGUGAUUACGAGGUGGAUGGUCGUGAUUAUCAUUUUGUCUCGUCGCGUGAACAAAUGGAACACGAUAUACAAAAUCAUUUGUUUAUCGAGGCUGGCCAAUACAAUGACAACUUGUAUGGCACAUCGGUGGCGAGUGUCCGAGAGGUGGCCGAAAAGGGUAAACAUUGUAUUCUGGAUGUGUCGGGCAAUGCAAUAAAACGGUUACAAGUGGCUCAAUUGUAUCCAAUUGCUAUAUUUAUUAAACCCAAAUCAAUCGAUUCCAUAAUGGAAAUGAAUCGCCGUAUGACUGAAGAACAGGCCAAGAAAACAUAUGAACGUGCUGUAAAAAUGGAACAAGAAUUUGGUGAAUACUUUACGGGUGUCGUGCAAGGUGAUACCAUCGAAGAGAUCUACAGUAAAGUCAAGUCAAUGAUUUGGUCGCAAUCAGGUCCAACCAUUUGGGUACCAUCAAAAGAAUCUCUAUGACCAGCCGCAGAGACCACAUGGACACUGCCACCUCGAGUACGUUGUCGACCAGUCUCGAGAUCAACGACAAUUACACAGCAA